AUGGGCAACCGUGAGACCAACAUCAUGGCUACACCAGCCACCGCCGUCGCUAUUCAAUCUUCCACGCAACAAAGCAUGGCACGACGCCUACUGCACCAGGAACUGCAGCAGCUGUGCCAUCCCGGCUCAAGCCCACCAGCAACAAAGGAUGCUACUACUUCUGCUGAUUCUGCUGCCAUUUUCACGCCAGUAACGGUCGAAGGUGGCAGUGGAGGAAACGGGUCAAUCGCUUUUCUUCGCCUCAAGGCGGCACCCCGCAGCGGCGCUGCAGGGGGCAGCGGAGGCCGGGGAGGUUGCGUGCUACUGAGGGCAGUGGGGGCAUUCGACGAAUCAGCAGGUUCGCCUCGACGCCUCUCGGCGCUAAGAGAAAGCGGCUCCUGGAAAGCGUCGUCAGGGGGAAUAGGCGCAGGACAGGGGAAAACCGGGGCCCAUGGCCCUGAUCUUCUGCUGGGGAUUCCCCCGAACACUCUUGUUGUCGACGUCACCGCUGUGCAGGCGCAUGCAGCUGGUGCGAUGCGGCGCCUGCUGCUGGAGCAGCAACAGGAUGGCGAGGCAGCAACCGAAGUGGAGGUGGAGCAGCAAAAGCAGAAGAAGAGGCAUAAGCAGCAAGAUGACCAGCAGCCUCCUCUGUGCUGCAUUUACUUCGCAUCCCCCGGAGAUACCCUGGUUGCUGCUCGGGGAGGGUCGGGGGGCCGAGGCAACUUGGCCUUUGUUUCAAAUCACAAUAGACAUCCCCUCCUGGGAGAGAUGGGGUCGUCCGGCGAGCGGAGAAAGCUGCUGGUGCUCCACAACUUUAGUGAUUUUGUUGUUGUGGGCCGCAUGCAGAGCGGCAAGUCCAUGCUGCUGCGGGCACUUUCUGCAGCGGCUACAUCCAAUGCUGCAGCAACAAACCCUGGAAACGUUGAUGCGACUGCAUAUUCCACUGCUUACCAGCGUGGAGCUCAUUACCCAGAUGCGGUAACAGAUCGGCGGCCCGGUGAGCACCAGCAGCAACACCAGCAGCGGGAGCGGCAGCAACAACAGUGGCUGUCAGCUGCAGUUCCAGAUGACGUGUGGCUUCCCACUGCCGAGCCGACCGUCUGUGUGAUCCCUGCCCCAACGUCCCAGACAGCAAAGCUCAAUAACCUCGCACCUGAGCAGAUGCCUUCAGUGCACCAGCAGCAGCAGCAAGACGGUUUGGUGGGUAUGCUACAGCAGGGCGUCGCACUCGCCUCAGGAGCACCGAUUGUAGCUGUCGAUACUCCGGGGCUGCUACCUCCAGCAGCUUCCCCAGUAGCAGCAGCAGCAGCAACUGCAGGGGGCAUGCUGGCGCCAGCAGGGCAGCUACAGGAGGAACCCCUUCAGGGUCUCAGCGCUGCAACCGCCGUUCUGUUUGUCGUUGAUAGCUCCCAGCCUGACCCCGCACAAGAGUGCCUGACGUUACGGCAACAGCUGUUGCAAGCAAAUCCGCAGCUUGCCGACUUACCAGUCAUCGUGGCCCUUAACAAAAUAGAUCUGCUGCAACAGCAUCAGCGGAAGCAGCAGCGGGCUUUGGGUGGCGACGGCUGCGGUGACCUCCUCGGUGCCCUUCGAAAGGCUGCACGUGUCGCAGACGUUGACGCACAACAGCAGCAGCUGCUACUGUCUCACUUUGAGCACCAACAGCAGUAUCAGCAACAGCAGAAACAGUUGAGCCCAGGAGCGUACAACCUAGCAUUUUUAGCAGCGUACUCAGAAGCUGCAGCGUUGGCGUCUCAAAGGCUUCUGCUGUUUACUGUUCACGAGCUGCAGCAGCAGCAGCUGCAUCCUGGUGCUAGUUUGAUGCGACGCCCUGCAGCAAGUCCACCCCUGCGUGUUUCCACCAGCAGUAGCAAGAAGCAUCCGUACCCUUCUUUUCCUUCCCUUGAAGAUCCCUACAAAUGGAUUAUCGUAGAACUUCGGGAGCAGGGGGCGUUACAACGCUUGCUGCAAACCCAACAGGUGUUGCAUGCCUCUCCAGACUUCGCCAGCGAAAGCAACAUCAGAGGGCGGCGCUGCUUUGAAUUGAGAGGGCCUCUUGUCUCCCUGCUAACUGGCCCUGUGAAGUUUGACAGUGAAGCAGCGAAGCUCCGGCUAUAUAGACAGCUCAUUGCACUCGGAAUAGUAGAGCGAGCCUUCACAGACCACAGCGCCAGCAUAGGGGACUACCUCUUAGUAGGCCCUGUUCUACUGCAGCUGCUGCCUCUCCUGCGCCAUUAUAGAGGACGACAGAAUACACAGCAAGUACCCCUCUGGGGUGGAGAUAAUUGGGGCAUUUUUGAGACGGACGGCCUUCCCAUGAAAGAUCGACCUGACACAACGACUGCUUCGGUUGCUGCUCUUGCUGGGAGUGAAGUGGCUAAGGGUCCCACGGACACAAUACCGCGUAAUUUGUGGGAUGCAUCCCUGAGUCCCAGCGUGCGGCCGUAUACUGCUACGGAUCCGCGAGCAGGUCGCCAGAGGCGCAGAGUCCGUCGUAAGAUCCCGCAGAACAUUCGCCUCCAGCACUGA